AUGACUCCAAGCGCCAUCGACAAUCACAGUGCGAAUCCUGUGUGGGUUGACCGGAAUGCCCUUCGUACAGACUUUACGCUUGCCAUGUCGAAAAUGUACAAGGCUGAAGUGCCCCUUUACGGAGACCUGGUCGAGAUUGUGUCCAAGAUCAAUACCGACUUGAUGCAACAGUCUUCUCUGGACCCCAAGGUCUUGUCCCUGAGAUACGGAGACGAGCAAUCCACUCGUUUAGACAUAGAGCGGCACGGCGCCAUUCGCCUCGGCACUCCGCACGAGUUGAGCACAAUCCGCCGGCUUUUUGCUCUUAUCGGCCUGUAUCCUGUCGGAUACUAUGACCUCUCUGCUGCAGGCCUUCCAAUGCACGCCACCUGCUUCCGCCCAAGGACCGCGGCUUCGCUGCUAGUGAAUCCCUUUCGCGUCUUCACAUCAGUCCUGCGGCCCGAGCUCCUUGAGGAUCGAGCCACAAAGGACCUUGCGUUGGAACUCCUCUCCAGACGAACCAUCUUCAGUGACCAGCUCAUGCGUCUCCUAGAUGUGGGAGAAAUCCAGGGCGGGAGGUUUACCCAAGAGCAGGGCAGGCAGUUCAUUGCUGAGGCCAUCAAGACCUUUGGAUGGCAGUCCACCGCAGCUGCAACGCAUAAUGAGUACAGUCAUCUCCGCUCGGAACAUCCCAUCCUCGCAGACAUUGCCUGCUUCCGUACUUCCCACAUCAACCACCUUACCCCAAGGACGCUUGAUAUCAUUGCCGCACAGGACCAAAUGAAGGCUGCUGGCAUGCAAGUCAAGGAUAGGAUUGAAGGUCCUCCUGCACGAGCCUGCCCCAUUCUACUGCGCCAGACAAGCUUUUUGGCCAUUGAGGAACCCAUCAGAUUCACAGUCGAAGGUGGCUCAUCACUUCUCGGCGGCUCCCACAAGGCACGAUUCGGUGAGAUCGAGGAGCGCGGUGCUGCUGUAACGCCUAAGGGGAGGAGGUUGUACGAUGAGUUGCUCGAGAAUGCCAUGAACCAGGCCAGAUCCUUAGAGGGAGAGGGAGGUGGAAUUUCACCCGAUGCCAUAAACGAGGUUGUCAGCCAAGUCUUUCAAGCAUAUCCGGACGACUGGGAUGAACUGCGGCGGCAUGGACUCAUCUUCUGCACUUACAGGUGCACGACCAAGGGUCUGAAUAGUCGACUUGCACUAGGCAAGUAUAGCCUUGAGACACUCGUUUGCUUAGGUAUUGUAGAAGCGCGGCCCAUCACGUACGAGGAUUUCCUUCCCCUCUCGGCCGCGGGCAUUUUCCAGUCAAAUCUCGGCUCGAAAGGAUCCCCCAAGGAGCACGUAGCUCGCCCAGAUGAACGGGGCAUGGAGGAGGCACUUGGUGCCGCGCUCGAGGAUUCGGAUGAGCUCUACACAAAGAUGCAGAGCGACAGCAUCAUCGAGUGCGGUUCUGCUCUAUCUAUUAGCAUCGAAGUCUAG